AUGGCAGUUAAAGAAGGCUCCGCUCUUAUUAAUUUACCUGAAGGAGUCUUUUACAAUCCUGUUCAAGAAUUUAAUCGUGACCUCACAGUAGCUGUUGUGAAACACUAUGCCAAAAUACAUCUUGAGGAGUUUAUAAAUAAAGGCAUUAAAAAGGCGGGCGAGAAUGGACGUCCGGAACCCGCGUCAUAUCUCGGGUUGUCUGUACUUGAGGCUCUAGCCGCCUCUGGCCUCCGUUCCGUCAGAUUUGCAAAAGAGGUUCCACUUUUGUGCAAGAUAGUCGCAAAUGAUCUCGAUCCAGAAGCAACGAAACUGAUUGGUGAAAACGCCAAGCUUAACACUGUUGAAGAUGUUGUUAUGCCGUCCUGUGCUGAUGCCGUUAAGUUAAUGCAUGACUCUGUAAAGAAUAAAUUCCACGUUGUUGAUAUUGACCCGUAUGGCACCGCAAGUCCAUUUCUUGACGCCGCCGUCCAAUGUCUCUUUGACGGUGGUCUGCUCUGUGUGACCUGUACUGACAUGGCUGUCCUUUGCGGCACUGCUGCUGGCACCGCAUAUGGCAAGUACGGAGGAGGUCUGCGACUGCUGCUACACGCGAUACAACAGGCGGCGAGUCGGCAUGACAAGGUAAUCGAGCCCCUUCUCGCACUCUCGGUAGAUUUCUACGCUCGCGUCUUUGUACGGGUUCGAACUAGCCCCUCGGGGGUCAAGCGCAUCGCAUCGCGAUUGGCCAUCGUCUAUUCCUGCACAGGUUGUCAGCGAUACCCUCAAGCAAUUCGUAGUAGAGGAGUGAGGAAGGACGACACGGUCAUGGAUUGUGGUGGCUUUCAGCUAUUCGUCGAUGAUGCUCCGAAGCUGUUGGGUGCAAGUGACUUGUCUCUGCAGAGGUGA